AUGGAUAUCACACUAUUGACUGCCUGCGCUCAAGCAAUCGGCGAUGUGACAGCUACAGCACGCGUGCCUCGUACUCAGAAUACAACUCUGAUGGAAGCGUAUGCAAUAUUAAAGGUCGGCAAGGGAUCCGCCAGCUCUAAGCCUGCUAAGCCUGUUGAGGUUCCUGAGGUUACUGGGGACGCUGGUCCGUCUGGUACUGAGCCUGCCGUUGAAGCUGUAGUGGAAGCCGUUGAAGCUGUAGAGGAAGCCGUUUCUGAGAUUGGUUCUGAGGCUCUGAUUUCGUCAUUUGAUCGUCUUGAGACCUUCCUUGUUGACCUUGGCUAA